GUUAGUUCGAACAUGAUUUGGGCGAUAGUUCAGUUAGCUUUCUAUUUUAUCUCCUCUCCACCGUAUAAAUUGUUAUGAUCGAUGGAUUAUUCCUCCAUGCAUGUAGAAGACAGUUUGUCUUAUCUUCUAGUUACACAGGAUGAAAUUCUCUAUAAAUAAUAGACGAAUGUAAUGCAUUUAGCAAUCAAUCAAUAAAAAUUAAUUUUGCUUUCUGUUUUAUUCUUCUUUCCUCUUCCUUCAGUUUGGUAUCAGAGCAUCCCAAUAGCAGCAUGGGAUUUUCUAGGUUCGGUAUCAGAGCAUCCCAAUAGCAGCAUGGGAUUUUCUAGUUGUUGUAGCCAUGUUAAUGAUUGUCCUCGUGAACUUGUACUACAUUAUAUUUAUCAUCGUUCGUUCUGCUCUCAAAUUUCUGCUAGUAAUCAGUUUCAUCACCUUACAAGCGAUCACGAAGAAAUCUGUGACAAACCAAGAAGGAACAACAAGUACUUAUAACACAAGUCAAACAAAUGGGACUGCAGAGAGAGGAGGAACCCAAGAGUUGCAUGUAGAUCUCUUGUCUGAGCAAAUUUAUACAAAUCUGACAGCAGAUCAGAUAUCAUAUAUCAAGAGCAUUUGCCAUGAGUCUCAUCAAAUUGGGGAGGGGAUAUUUGCAAGAGUUUAUAGAGGAAACUUCCAAGGUGAAGAUUUGAUUAUAAAGAAAAUAGAACAUAGGUCCCAUGACACCAAACAAUGGGUGAAGAAUGAAGUUGAACUCCUGCAAGGAAAGGAGCACAUAAACGUAAACAAGCUGUAUGGUUGGUAUGUAGAAACAAACCUAUCCUAUUUGGCCUACAUACACAUAGAUGGAUGCACUCUGGACGACCACUUGAGAGGAAAUUGUAGAGGGUUUACCUACAAUUGGAAGCAGAGCUUCAAAAUGAUAAUGGGUAUUGCUAAAGGAAUUGAAUUCUUACACCAGAAUAAAAUAAUUCAUGUUCAUAUUAAUCCACAAAAUAUUUUGGUGGAUGCUAAAGAUCAUGAGGCAAAGCUUAUUGAUUUUGGAUUUUCUAGGCAUGUAGAUUGGAAAGGUGAGCAACGGUCAAUUGAGAAAAUAAUAGACACAAAAGGCAGCUAUAGGUCUCCAGAGUAUUGCUUGAUAGGGAAGCUCUCUUAUAAGCAUGAUGUUUAUAGCUUUGGAAUUGUUGUGUUGGAGAUGAUAAUACGGCGGAGGCAUGAUGAUGGAGCACGAAAGCUUUUUGAAUUCCAUACAUAUGUAACACAAAUGAUAGAGAACAAUUGUUUUGAAGAAAUUGUACAGGAUGGGUGGGACAGCUUUGCUGUAAAAGAGGCCUUGGCUGUUGCAAACAUAGCUCUCACAUGUGCUCACCCUGAUGAGACCAAGCGACCAGAUAUGGACCUUGUGGUCAGAGAACUUUCUUCAAUGAUAACGUCUGGAUGAAAUUCUUACAUGAAGCUCUAUGAUAUAUAUUUUAUUUUUUAGUUAGUGUUUUUAUGAAAAGACUUCUCCUUCCACUUUUUGGGGAUUGCUUUUAUUAUA